CCCGCCCCGCCCCGCCCGGCCCGGCCCGGCCCGGCCCGUCCCCUCCCGCCGGCCCGCGUGGGAGGCGCCGGCCGCUCGCUCCCCGCUCGCUCGCACGGAGCCGCCGCGCUCGAUGCCCGGGGUGUUCUGUUGGAAUAGACGUCGCACAUUUAUGGCGAUUCUGAGCGUUAGGGCAGACUUCUGCCAGGCCCAGCACAGCACCCUGGCUGACAAGUGAGCUGGGCGUGGGGGGGCUCUACCGUGCCAUAAUUACCUUGCCUUGAAGACUCCGGACUCAGCAGUCACCCUCAAAUAUAUGGGAUAUCUCCUGCAUAUUGGAAGCUUAUUCCUUUUACUGACUCUAGCAAAACUAAACAUCAAGAAGAAAAAGUGGAGAGAAGAUCUGCCCUUACUUUGUUUGCCUCACCAGUGCCUAAAUGUAGUACAGGCUGCCUAGUCUUGCAUGUAGUCGGAGUUUUUGGAGUCUGAAGGAUACCACCCGCAGUAAUUGAGGCCUAAGUUGAAUUCAAGUGGAUUCAAAAGGAAACCUGCUUUUCCUGAAGUGAAAUUUUUUUAAGAGCAAACAAGUCAAAAGCAAGCUUUCAUCUUUUUUUAAUGUUUUCUGCUGUGAAACCUUUCAAAGGUUAUUGAUUUUUUUUUUUUUCUUUUGUGUGCCCCUUACGGAAAAAAAAAUUGUUUGCCAUUAUGAACCGUCCAGCUCCAGUGGAGAUCACCUAUGAGAAUAUGCGUUUCUUGAUCACUCACAACCCAACCAAUGCUACCCUCAACAAGUUCACAGAGGAGCUUAAGAAAUAUGGAGUGACAACCUUGGUGCGAGUUUGUGAUGCCACGUAUGAUCAAGCUCCCGUCGAAAAAGAAGGAAUCCAGGUUCUAGACUGGCCAUUUGAUGAUGGAGCACCACCUCCAAAUCAGAUAGUUGAUGACUGGCUAAACCUAUUGAAAACCAAAUUUCGUGAAGAGCCUGGAUGCUGUGUUGCUGUGCACUGUGUUGCAGGGCUGGGAAGGGCCCCUGUCCUGGUUGCACUUGCUCUCAUUGAAUGUGGAAUGAAGUACGAGGAUGCAGUUCAAUUUAUAAGGCAGAAAAGGAGGGGAGCUUUCAAUUCCAAACAGCUGCUUUACCUUGAGAAAUACCGACCUAAGAUGCGAUUACGCUUCAAAGAUGCCAACGGUCACUGCUGUGUUCAGUAGAAAGAAACAUUAAACAGGCUGAAGUUAUCAUGGCUGUUUUCUGGACUCUUGGCACCUGAAAAUGUGAAUCUGGAAUCAAACUAUGUCAUCAAAUUAGUGGUGGAGUCAGUGCUCCUCAGCCUCUCGUAAUGGUGGUGGUGAUUUAAAAAAAAAAAUAAAAAAAUAGAAAACACAACCCCCCUCCCCCCCAAUAAAAUAAAAUUAACAACAGCAACAAAAAAAGAAACAUUUCAGUGAAGGAUUGUUUUCUCCUCAAGCUGCAGUGUGAACAUCUGCCAGGAGAAAAUUAGUUUCUGAACCUUCUGUAUUUUAACUUUUUAAACACAAAUAAAAUAAAGUAAAUUUUAUGUCUAAGGAAAACCAGCAGAGCAUUGGCUUAUGCAGAAACCAUUUUCUUGGUUCGGGGACAGUCCCCCAUAGUUAGCCCUCGGCACAUGAAUUCCCUUUGGGACUUCCUUUUUUUUUUCUGUUUUUUUGUUUUUGUUUAAUGGUUUAUCUUUUUUCCUUGCUGAGAGCUGGCAGACAGAAAUAAGGAGGGGCCUUUGUUGCUGUAUGUGAGCAGUCUGACAGCCUUAAGCCCACCUGGGCACUCUCCUAGAAAUGCGUUGAUGUUUGUGUUGUAUGUCCAUGCAGUAUUUAGACUUUGCGGAUGACAGGAUGUUCUUGGUAGUCUUCUUUAACUGAGGACUCUACCUAAUACCUUUUGGUGAAUCUGCUAAAAGGCCUUUUCUAAUUGGUGGUGGUGGAAGGGGAUAUUUUUAAGAAGAAUGCAGUGUGUGUAUGUGUGCGUGUGUGUAUGCGUGCACAAGCGAGUGUGUAUGAGCCUGACUAACUUGUACUUCUCCAAAGAACGUGGCUGAGAAGUUAACUGAUUCCUUUUUGCUCCCUGGAUGGAAAAAAAAAAAUACAUAUACGUGUAUGUCUUGGUGCAGGAGGAUUCAGGCAUCCAUAAGUGUCCUAGCUGACUAAGGGAGAAUUUAGGCAGGGAGUUAAAAUAACUUGUCUGCCCUAAGAAACAUAUAAAAGGCUAUUUGCAGUCGUUGUCCAGAUUAUCUCUGCCUUGAUGAACACGGUUAACAAGGACUUGAAGAGUCUCGUCUGUACUGUAUGUGAGGCUCAAGUAGUACAUACACGGUAUUUUGGUCUUGUGAGUAAAUGCCAGGUGUGGACAUUUUCCCAGACUGGCCUUCAUGUACAGCUCAGUUUAACCACCAAUUGCCUUGUUCUUUUUUCUUUACUAGGCUCUCCUGAGAGAGCAUCACUGGUUACACACCAACAAUAGCUAACAUGCAUAAACCAUCAUAACUUACAGGGUGGGGAAAACAUGCUGAUUUUAGGCUGCAGGGGCUGGAAACAUGCAGUUGUUGCACCAGUGCAGCGCUCUUUUUGUAGAGCCAUUGCUGCCUUCAGUGCACUAAUCAACAGCUAGUGUUGAGCUGCCUCUGAGGCAGGUUUAGCAAGGCUGGAUUUACCAAACACAUUAAAAUGCCAACUUAGUGCCCUGACACAUUAACGACCUCAUACGCUUUCAAUUUGACAUCGUGUUUGUAACAUUCAGCCGCGGAGGGCUCUGAAUACAGGUUUAGGGUCGUCUUGUCCUGUGGUCUUUUGCUGUGCAGCACCAAAGGCUUUCAUUUGUCUGCCCCAGCAGCUGUUCCAGCAGGUGUAGACUGGUACCCCUUUUUUACUGAUACCUCAGAUGCUGGCUGCGUGAACUGCCUACAACACAGGAUAUUUUCCUGAUCCAGAGUUCUGUCUUGAUUUAAGACUAAGAAUUGCAUAAACACUUUUCAGAAAACAAGGAAUGGAUUUUAAAAUUCUUUCCUAGAGUGGUUUUUAAGUUAAAACAAAAAACAAUGGUACUAUUCAAACCUCCCAACUCCAGGAUCUGCCAGCUGAUUAAAAAAAAAAUUUUUUAAUGGUUUUUUUGGUAGGUAGAUUUAUGGCUAUAACACCACCCCCCCCCCCCCCCCCGCCUCAACCGCCCUGCCCCCAAGGCUGAGAUAUUAUACUUGACAAGUAGUAAUAAGCUUUUUCUUCCCUUUAAAAUGUCAAAUGUACUUGAUUGUUUUGCUUUCUGAGUAAAAGGGGCACAAAAAGUGUAUGGGACACCAAUACCUACAUUUUAGGGAAACAACAUAUCUGGAGAGUUGAUAAUGCUGAGAGCGUGUAAUAUUUCUCUCUCCCUUCCCCCACAAUGACAAACUGCGGUUUUAAUGGUUCUCAAACUGGAUUUUGUUUCUGCAAAAACUAAAGUCUUUUUUAAAAUCAAAUGAAGUAUUUGUAGCUAAAGCCAAUUUGACAGAUGGCACAUGCUGGAUGAGAGGGAAAGGUGUGGCAACUGGAUUCAAAACCAAAAUCCAAAUUCCUUUAAAGAACAAUAAAAAAAAAUAAAAGAAAGAUAUUUUACAUGCUGUAUGUAUAACAUUUUGCAUCCCCCCUCCUCCCACUUUUCUUUUGAUUUUAUAAUAAUGUACUGUGUUAGCUUGUACUUUGUCCCCGCAACCUUAACUGAAUUGAGAAAAGGCGAUUUAAAUGCACGUGGGUGCACAGACUGUCGUACAAUGUAGACCUGGGGGGGUGUGGAGAGGGCUUAAUUUGCCACCAGGGCCCAACAGGCACAAUAUCUGGUUCAGCACUUGGACACAGUGCAAUAAAGUUCUUGCAGUAAAAUGUC